AUAAAAAAUUGUAUAUAAAUACACACACUAAUCAUUUUGAUAAAAAAAUAUUUUAUCACGCAUGCGUAUUACUAACAGCUGAGACGGAACCUGAAAGGAAAACUAGCACUUUUUUAUUCAAAGUUUACAAAUAUUUACAAACAGAUUAAGAGAUGUCUGCAGAUAGCACUGGACCUGCCCAUCGUUUGAAAUCAUACAAAAAUAAAGCUUUAGAUUCCCUUGAAUUAAGAAGACGGAGAGAAGAAGAAGGUAUCCAACUACGUAAACAAAAACGUGAUGAACAAUUAUUCAAGAAGAGAAAUGUGACACUACCAGCAGAUGGUGAUGAGGAUGUAACUGGGUCAGAUGCUACAGAUCAUACUGUCACCUCAACAUCUUCUUUAGGGCAAGGUGGUAUUACCCCUGAGAUGGUGCAAGAUUUAUACAGUGAAGAUCUUGAUAAACAAGAACAAGCUACACAGAAAUUUAGAAAAUUGCUUUCCAGAGAGCCAAAUCCACCAAUAGAUGAAGUUAUACAGACUGGAAUCAUUCCACGAUUUGUUGAGUUUCUUGAAACAGAUGGAAGCUACACAUUACAGUUUGAAGCAGCGUGGGUAUUAACUAACAUAGCGUCCGGUUCAUCUCUCCAGACUAGAGUAGUUAUUGCAGCUAAUGCUGUACCAAUAUUUGUCCGUCUCCUCAGCUCCGAUAUAGAAGAUGUGCAAGAACAGGCAGUUUGGGCUUUAGGAAACAUAGCUGGAGACAGCCCAGAAUGUAGAGACUAUGUUCUUAGUGAAGGAAUUCUUGUACCUUUAUUACAGUUAUUAAGUAAAAGCAAUAGUUUAUCCAUGACAAGAAAUGCUGUUUGGUGUUUGUCAAAUCUCUGUAGAGGCAAGAACCCACCUCCAGACUUUACAAAGGUAUCACCCUCCCUGCCAGUGCUUGCCAGACUAUUAUACCACACAGAUAAAGAUGUGUUAGCAGACUCAUGUUGGGCACUGUCAUAUCUCUCGGAUGGUCCUAAUGAAAAAAUACAAGCUGUGAUUGACUCCGGAGUGUGUAGAAGACUUGUUGAACUUCUUAUGCACAAUCAUCAAAGUGUGGUAUCAGCAGCCCUGAGAGUUGUAGGAAAUAUUGUAACUGGAGACGACUAUCAAACACAAGUAAUUUUAAGUUGUUCAGCUUUACCUUGUUUACUGCAUUUACUGAGUAGUUCAAAAGAAUCUAUUAGAAAGGAAUCUUGCUGGACAAUAUCCAAUAUCACUGCUGGAAACAGGAUGCAAAUUCAGGCGGUUAUAGACGCAAACAUUUUCCCCGUGUUGAUAGAUAUCCUAGGUCGAGCAGAUUUCAAAACCCGUAAAGAAGCUGCUUGGGCAAUCACAAAUGCAACAUCUGGUGGUUCACCUGAACAAAUCAGGUUUUUGGUUGAUCAAGGAUGUAUCCAGCCUCUAUGUGAUUUGUUGACAGUUAUGGACAGUAAGAUAGUUCAGGUGGCCCUGAAUGGUCUGGAGAACAUACUGAGACUAGGAGACCAGGAUGCCAAAUCAAACAACGGAGCUAAUCCUUACUCUGUUAUGAUUGAGGAGUGCUAUGGUUUAGACAAGAUAGAGUUUCUACAAAGUCAUGAAAAUAGAGAGAUCUACCAGAAAUCUUUUGACAUGAUUGAGCGAUACUUCGGUACAGAGGAAGAGGACCGGGGUAUUGCACCAGAAGUUGACCAGAACUCCGAGCAAUACCAGUUCCAAGCAGCAGAUAAUGCUCCAAUGGGAGGUUUCCAGUUUUAGCUCGGGAGUUUGAAAUAUUCAGAGUAGCUCUUUCAUCAGUCAAAAAAAUAGCAUCACUAUAAUCGUGAUAGGUUUCAUUGUGAGGAAUCUACAUUGGCAAGGUCCUUCCCCCCCAUUGACGAGACAGCGACAAUUAGGAUCCAACAACAACAAUUCCCAGGACUUGAUGGGCAAUAGUGAUAAACAUCAUGAUAAUUGACGUCCCCCCAUAGUGAUGAAGAUGUGAUGAACUUCUAAGCUAUAUUGACAUAAUGGUAAGAUGGUAACCAUUCAAGUCCAGAGAAUUUCCCGGAAGUUAUUGUGAUCUUUAGAUCAGAUAAUCUUCCUAAGACAGCGGUGGAGAAUACUUAACUGACGAUUAAAUUCCAUGUUCGACAAUGUGGAAUCGGCCAGAGACGAUAGACUGAACAUUUGAGGAAUAAAUGAAAGUUACAGGAAUGUUCACUUUGCCUGGAAAAUAGUAUGGAAAUGGAACUUAAUUGUUGAGAUGUGUGAUAAAUAUGUGAUAAACAGAUUAUCCAGGCAUUGUUUAAAGGAGAAGUGUUGAAUACAAGAUAUUUCCUCAAAAAAACUGAACUAGUCCCCGAGGACAUAGAACAUUGACUGCUAUGCACAAAUUACAAAUUAAAAAUUAACCUGUUGGAAUCUCAUUUAUAAAAGUAAAUGAGGAAUGAAUAAUAUGAAGUGAUCUCAGUGUGAUAAAAUAAAAGUGAAUCUUUGUAUAUUUGUUUAUUUUAAAAAGUGAAUUCAUGAAAGUACUAAAUUAUAAAUUGUAUUCACUUGAGGGACAAUUGCUUGUUGAAGUCAAGCAGACAAUGUGAUAAAAGUGUAAUUGUGACUUAAAUAAUAAAACCAAGGAUUUCUAGUGAGUACUGUGUUCAUGCCAUGCAUAGACAAACUGUCCAUAGACGCUCAACCAAUGUCCAUUGACGCUCAAAAUGACCCCCCGAUUUACUUUCCCUUCAAAUACCCUUCCAGCAUUUUACGAGAUUGUUGUGAUGUGAUACUUGUGUUUUAAAAAGGCAAUGGUGCUUAAAGUUAUACAGACAAAAAGUUAUUUUUUGUCGGUGGAAAGGGCAAGAGUAUAAUGCAGGAAACCUCGAUUCCAUGGACAUUUUCGACAUGCAGACAUUUAUGGACAUUUUAUGAACAUUCGGACAUUAUCCCUUCCAAGAAGGACUUGCGAUUUUUUUGUGAUAAGUGAUAACUUCAAUUUGUUGGAAGAAAAUUCAAGCUUCUUUUACCAGUUCCAGGUAACCAAGGCAACUGGACAGAAACAUUCCAUAAAAUAGAAGUUGCAACCCCGAAGUUUUCUCUUUUUGUUGUUUCAUUUCUGACAAAUUUAUGAAUCAUUUAUAUUAAUUAUAUUAAUUAACGGAAAUGUUAGCAAAUCAUACUAAGCUUUAACAGAACCAUUCAGAAGCUUAUCUUGUUUUGUUAUAUUGAUUUAUAUUAUUGGAUUGUUGGUGAAUUGUUGACUGUUGUAUUGAAAACUUGUUUAUUGUAUUAUUAUUCCCUAACAUUAUAAUAAGUUAACAUGCAGAUUAACACUAGAAAUAUAUAUCUAGUUAGUUUACUGCAGAUAUUAUUGGCUGAAUUUUUAUUUCAGUUUACUUUUCUACUAUUGUCUUUCUUUGUUUUUCUUUUAUUUUUUUCUAAGGUUUUUGGUGUACAGAUUUUUAUUUGUACUUACUUUGUAUAGACUGCUAUGUAUCUGUCAAAUUAUGGUUUCAUAUUACUGGAAAUUUUUUCGUUUGUUGAAAAAGAUUUCUUAUUUUAGAUUUAAAGGAAAGUUUAAAAUUCGUAUUAAAAGAUUAAUAAUGAAGUAAAAUUUUGUUUCCAGUGUUGUAAUUAAUACAUUGAUUAUCUUGUUUAACUUUCUCAGUUACUGUUGCCGGAAAUUUUUUAAAUGCGUCUCUUCCGGAACAUUGUUAUGUGUCAAAAAAAAAAUAUUUUUUAUCAUUAUUUGUUGUUUUCCUUAUUUAGAAGGUCAUCCUAUUUUUAUCCAAAAAAUGGGGGGUGGGGUAUGGGUGACAGUAUUCAGAGUUUUAACAUUUGGUUCAACUGUACACUUUUAUAUGUUUUGAUAUAUAUCUUUUUACAUUUAUUAUGAGAUACUUAAUGGAGUUUAUCCUAAUAUUGUUUAUUUAGUGCCAUUAAACCCAUAUUGGGACUAUGUUAAGUUUUAUAAGAUAGAAAAAUGCUAUGGAAUAUAUGAACAAGAAUCAAUUUUGAAACAUGCAUGUUUUAUAGAAAUGUGUUUAGACGUCUAAAGGCAGGGUAAAAAAAAUUUCCUUGAUCAGAAUAUUUUUCAAUGUUUCUGGUUGAUGUUUUGUUAUUAUUCAAGAAUGGGCCAACAUCGUAUUAUUUUGUAUGUUAAAAGUAUUUUUCGCAUAAUGACUAGACUAUGGCAUUAUAAUUGUAAGAACAUUUUUCUUUAAAUAGGAUGACCUAAUUUCUUUUUUGUAUAUAUAUUAAGUUCAUGUAAAUAAACAGUAAAAACAUACACACAACAACAACAACACACUGAACAUAUCACACCAAAAUAAACCAACACAUGUCAAAUCAAACAUGUAUAUUAUAUAGAAGUAAGUUGUGCAAAACAUUUGUGUACAAUGAAAGAAAAUACAUAUUUAUAGUGAAGAAGGUUCGCUAUUUAUAAGAAUAUAUUGCAAACCAAUGGAUGCCAUUUUAGGUGGGGAGAUGGUGGGAAAAUUUCAGAAGGAAGAUUUUGCUGAAAGCCAGAUCCAUAUUUGCUAUCAUUAAGCGUGAAUAUCUUUCGCUGUUGCAAAAUAUUUUCAGAGGAAUAAAAAACAAAUAAGUUGACUUUGGUCUGUAUACAUAUCUAGUGACUGGUUCAUACUUUCUGAAGAAUGCAAGUUAGAAUUAAGAUGUAAAGGGGUAUAGGUGACGCAGAUCUUCAGGAACUUUUACUGCCAAAAUUGAUAUAUAAUACUGACAUGCUAGUCAAGUUGUUUUCCUGUAUUUUUUUGUUAUUUUUCAGUCUCUAUGGUUACUAGUAGUGAUUGAAACACUUGUUAAAUAUGUACAUUAUGUACAUUUCCUCAAAGAAAAAUUCCAGAUGUUGAUUUUUUUUUUAUUUUUGCAGAAAAAGUAAGAAAUGUUUCAUAUUUGUAACAAUGACUUGCAUGAAAAAUAUACUUUUUUUUCAAAUCAUGAACAUGAAUAUAUCAUGAUAGCGAUUUAUAUAACUGUUAUGAAAUUGAUGAAAUUUGAUAUUCUAUCACACUGGUCAAGAUGGACAUAAAAAAUUUACUUUAAAAAUCGUAUAUUAAAUAUUUGGUCCACCGCUAGACAAUCAGACCAAGUUAUAUCAAUGACAUAAUGUGACAAAGAAUUGGAUUAUAUUAUUAGCAUUGGUUUUUGAGACAGAGUAAAAUUAAAUUGUAUUGAACUCGAGCAAUUACUUAUAUUGUGGCCUAUAUAAAAAAUCGUCACCAUUUUAAACUUACAUGUCCAACUCUUACACAAAACAAAGAAAUACAUACAUACAUACAAACAAACAAACAAACAAUGCCUCAAUAUGUUAAUCAAAUGUUACAAUUACAUAACAUGCAAACAAAUAUAAAAAAAAAAGAAAAGCACAUACAAAAAAAAUACAAACUAAAACAUGCAUUCACCAAGAUAACACUUGUCAAAAUUCUUGUGUGAAUUAAAAAUGAAAAAUUA